AUGGCAAAAAUCAUUAAGAAUCCUAAUGUUCUUGAAAGAUUGAGAGAAGAAAUUGGUUUGGUCGUUGGAUUAACAAGGUUGAUUCAAGAAACUGAUUUACCCAACCUUCCAUACUUGCAAGCUGUGGUAAAGGAAGCAUUAAGAUUGCACCCACCAUCGCCUCUAUAUAUAAGGAAGUUCCAAGAAAGGUGUGAGAUCAAAGGGUUCUACAUACAAGAGAAGACAAAACUUGUUAUUAAUGCGUACGCUGUGAUGAGAGAUCCUGAUUCAUGGGAAGAUCCUAAAGAAUUUAAGUCAGAGAGGUUUCUAGCUUCUUUAAGAUCAAGUAAAGAAGAAGAGAUAAAGGGGGAAUUACUUAAGUACAUUCCUUUCGGGAGUGGAAGAAGAGGCUGUUCUGGAGAAAAUCUAGCUACUAUUUUUGUAGGAUCUGCAAUUGGAACGAUGGUGCAGGGAUUUGACUGGGGAACCAAUGGAGGGGAGGUCAAAAUGGAUGAGACUAUCGGAGGUCACUGUACUCCAGUCGCUCGAAAUUUUAAACUGCAGUUUCCCAGCUUCAGAUGA